AUGAGCGCGCGUCGAAGAACGCUUGGAACUUGGCGUGCCUUUACCCUAGGAACGACUUCUUGUCGUUGCGUGCAACCAAAAAAGCCUCUUCUUGUAGGUAACCGGCGCGGCUUCUGGCAAGAGCACAAGCGGCGGCGGCAGAGGCGGCGUUGGACGAGUUCCGGACGAAGGCAAGUUGGAGAAGUUGGGGAAGAUGGGGGGAAGGGCAGAGCUGGUAGUGCGGUGGACUGUCGCUCAGACAGAGGACUUGUCAUCAUCCUUCGGCCAAGCACAGGCCAGGAAGCACGCACGUUCUUCGGCCACCUCGAUGCACCGUUCUGCCUGUUCGCCCUGUUUUCCCGCGCAAAGUCGCCUCAUCAGCACACGCACAUCACUCGUGCUCGAUGCCUAGUCUAUUUCUAUUGUGUCUCUGCUUCGGAUCUUCUGGGCUUAUUUAAACUUCCGUAA